AGAGGCAGGGGAUAAACACGGAGAGAGAGCCGGAGGCGGUUGAGUGUCAGACGUUGUUUUUACGCUGAUAAACCCACAACGACGGCCUAAUGAACGUCUAGUUUAUUGUUGAAGAUGUGAGUCCGCGACGUUCAGUCGUAUAAAUGAAACACCCAGGAUGUGUUUGAGCAGCCAGGGAGGCCGGUGAGGUGAAACAGAAAGGGCAUCUGUGAGCUGAGCUGUAAUCUUCGGAUGAGAGUUGCUCUGCUCGUCUUUGGAGCAGCACAGCGGAAGUCCCUGCUGCUCUGCAGAACCACUCUGGUUCUGGUUCUGGUUCUGGCGACACAAAGAGCACAGGGGAAGAAAACCAAGCGGCUGUCAAAAUGAAAUUUACAGAACAUCUCUCGGCUCAUAUCACCCCGGAGUGGAGGAAACAGUACAUCCAGUAUGAGGCUUUCAAGGAGAUGUUAUAUGCUGCACAGGACCAAGCACCAUCUGUUGAAGUCACGGAUGAGGAUACAGUCAAGAGGUACUAUGCUAAGUUUGAGGAGAAGUUUUUCCAGACAUGUGAAAAGGAACUUGCCAAAAUUAACACCUUUUAUUCUGAAAAGCUGGCUGAGGCCCAGCGGCGGUUUGCCACCCUGCAGAACGAACUUCAGUCCUCGCUGGAUGCCCAGAGGGAGAGCUCAGCCAGUGGGCGGGGCCUCAGGAGGAGGAAGACUGUGUUUGCCUUGUCACAGAAGGAGCGAUGCAAACACAGAAACAUACAAGACCUGCAGCUGGCCUUUUCCGAGUUCUACCUCAGCCUCAUUUUGUUGCAGAACUAUCAGGAGCUGUGACAACUCGUAGUUCUGAAGUUUGGCCAAUGGUUCGAAUCUACAGAGGAGGCUUCCUGAUUAUAGAGUUCCUCUUCCUUUUAGGAAUCAACACUUAUGGCUGGAGGCAGGCUGGAGUUAAUCACGUUCUCAUAUUUGAACUCAAUCCCCGAAACAACCUGUCCCAUCAACAUCUAUUUGAGAUUGCAGGCCUGCUGGGGGUGCUGUGGUGCGUCAGCCUGCUAUCCUGUCUCUUCCAUGACCACAUCCAGGUYCCAAUGCAGGCCAACCCUUUAGCUCUUUAUGGCUUUUUCCUCCUGUUCCUCAUCAACCCUUUCAAGACCUGCUAUUACAAAUCUCGCUUUUGGCUGCUCAAACUAUUGUUUCGGGUGGUCACUGCUCCUUUUCAUCAUGUUGGCUUUGCUGACUUCUGGCUGGCUGACCAGCUGAACUCUCUGGUGGUUGUUCUGAUGGAUCUGGAGUAUAUGAUCUGUUUCUACAGUUCUGAGCUGAUCUGGACGGAACGUGACGGACUAAUCCGUGACACCUCAAACAGCAUGUGUCACACCUACUCCUAUGGCAUCCGUGCUGUCAUCAAGUGUCUUCCUGCGUGGUUCCGAUUCGCCCAGUGUCUGCGACGUUACCGGGACACCAAACGGGCUUUUCCUCAUCUGGUUAAUGCUGGAAAGUACUCUACGUCCUUCUUUGUGGUCACCUUCUCUGCCCUCUACAGCACACACAGAGACACUCACCCUGAAUCCCAGAUCUACUUCUAUCUCUACAUUGCCUGUUUGGUGAUCAGCUCAUGUUAUACACUGAUCUGGGAUCUGAAGAUGGACUGGGGCCUGUUUGACCGCAACGCAGGAGAGAAUACCUUCCUAAGAGAGGAGAUAGUCUACCCACAUAAGGCUUAUUAUUACUGUGCCAUUGUGGAGGAUGUUCUCCUGCGAUUCGCCUGGAUUUUAACCAUCACCCUCACCACACUCACUGGUUUUAAAGAUGUCGCAGACAUACUGGCUACAGUAUUGGCUCCUCUAGAAGUCUUUAGGCGUUUUGUGUGGAACUUUUUCCGUCUGGAGAACGAGCACCUGAAUAACUGUGGUGAGUUCAGGGCUGUCAGAGACAUCAGUGUGGCGCCGCUCAAYGCUGACGACCAGACGCUGCUGGAGCAGAUGAUGGACCAGGAGGACGGAGUGAGGAACCGGCAGGGCAAGAAAACCUGGAAAAGGAGCUACAGUAUGAGUCUGCGCAGACCUCGACUGGCCUCACAGUCAAAGACUCGUGACACCAAGGUUCUGAUUGACGACACGGACGAUGAUUCCUGACAUCAGGCCACGCCCCUCGCCUGGGUCCAGAAUUUAUUCAAAGGGGGAAACUCUGUUUCCUGAACCAGAAAUUACCCAGCAAGCGGGCGUCAAACUCUUCACCAAAAAUUGAUUUUGAUCUUGUAAUUUUUUUUUCUUUAAUUCUUGGGGUCAGAAUUGUUUCGAGGGAAGCCAUUUCUACCAGCACCAUGGCUCUSCUACCUUCAGUGAACUCUGCCCAGGCAGUAGGUGACAGUCUGUCCUGGUCUGACUGGUGAAAAACCACAGCUUUCCUCAACCUCAGCAGAAACAUUUUCUCACAU